AAAUUGCAUUAGUAGGGGAUACUAGAUGCAAUGCAAAUAGGUGAGUUUUUUGGAAUUAAUGUUACGAGGGAUUUAACAGCCUAAACAUAAGGUCUUCGACGGUCGGCUUAGUUUGUCCUUCGAUGCGCUCCGUACAGCGCAUCUGGGAGAUGACGUGUAUUUAUCAGAAAAGCGGAAUUCUCGCGAGUGUCACACGAAGAAAUGCGCUUCAUCUGAGAUUAUGAAAAUGGAUAUAUUUGAUUUCAGUUUACGUUCGUGACUAAUGUUUUCGAAAAGGCAUGGAGACCAGUUUAACCUUAGAUUCAGAAUAUCACACAAAUCAUCAGCCGGUGUCGUUGAACGCUGAUGAAAUGGACGAUAUUUGUAUCGACCAGGAAGGCGAAUGGGACAUGAGCCUGUUUGAUGACCUGGGAGAGCCGGAGAGCGCCGAGGAUUUGCUGCUGGCCGACAGGGCUCUCGAUCUGGAUUUUGAUCUCGAUCUACCAGUAUGGAGCCCAGACACCAGUGGGGGUGCCAGCAGCCCCUACACAGAUACGGAGGUGUCUUCGGGGUCCCUCUCCCCACACCAUGCCACCAGUUCAGUCACAUCACCCGGCUCUGUGGAAGCUCUCUCGCCUUUAGACCUGCUCCAGGUGGAACCCUUGUCUCCGCAGUCUCAGGCAUCUCCUGCUUCCAUCAGCUCUGAGACCAGCUCAUUUUCUGAUGUCGUCCAGGACAGGAAGACGCAGCGGCGGAGCAACCAAGCCUCCCGAGCCAAAACCUCACAGCCCAUAAAGCGACCCAUUCAUCAUGCACCCAAGGUCUCCAUCCAGCCCAAACCAGUGGUAGCCUUCCCCAUCGUACACGCCACCCCCCUCCAGGCAAAGACCAUCAUCAUUCAGCCUGUGCAGACCGUUCUCCCCAGGGACCAGGUCACUCCCGUGGCCAUCCGGCCAGCCCCCCUCAAAGGAGCCCCGAUGACACUCGCUCCGCAGGCGAUGCCGCUGCCCCUCCCGGCCCCCCAGGUCCCCCCAUCUCUGCCGGCCAUCAAGCUUGGGGAACACCCGGUUACCGUGACAACCCUCUCCCAGGAUGGCGGCCGACCCUCAGUGGGAGUCGUGCCUUUCCCCACCCCGCCCCCGAGCAACGCCGGGUCCGAUAGCAUCUCCAGGAGACAGCAGCGGAUGAUGAAGAACCGCGAGUCGGCAUCGUUGUCGCGGAAGAAGAAGAAGGAGUACCUGCUCACCCUGGAGGCCAGGCUGAAGGUGGCGCUGUUUGAAAACCAGCAGCUUAAGAUGGAAAACGGCACCCUGAAGAAGCAGCUGGACAGCCUGGCGGCUGAGAACAACGUUUUGAAAGUCACAGCCCCCAAAAGACGGGCUGUGUGCCUCAUGGUGGUCUUGAUGUUUGUCAUGCUGAAUGCUGGCUCUCUGAGUCUGUUUGAUCGGGACCCCAACUCCAACCUGCCAGUUGGGACCAUGCACAGUGGCAGACAUUUGCUGGAAUUCUCCGGUAGCAAUCAGGGGAACACGGCCCCCCAAAUGCAGAAGCCUUCUGACAGGUCGGAGGACUCCAAGGAGAAGGCACUGAUGGUGGUGAAGAAAGACUCUCUUCAGUUCGAGCCUCCCCCACCUUGCCAGCCAACCAUCAACAGGACAAAGUCUAUCAGGCUGGCUCACGAACUGAGAGGCUGGGUGCACCGUCACGAAGUCGAGAGGACGAAGACCAGAAGAACAACCAAUAGUCAGCAGAAAAACAAAACGAUCCUGAAAACGCCAGGUGAGAAGGCUGAGGUUUCUCAGAUCGUCACCGUCCAGUACACAGACACGCUGGAAAAGAGCUCAGGGAGUGAGCUGCAGGUGUACUACGCUCGCCAUGGCUACUACAAUGAAUUCUUUGAGGAGAUUCAUCGCCGUGGAGACACAUUCUACGUGGUGUCCUUCCGAAGGGAUCAUCUUCUGCUUCCUGCAACCAGCCACAACAAACGGAGCCGGCCGAAGAUGUCCGUAGUGCUGCCGGCUAUGAAUGUGAACGGUACGUAGCCCGCAAGCGCUGGGAGAGAUUGAGUAAGGCUGAACACUGUCGCCGUAGCCCGCAAGCGCUGGGAGAGAUUGAGUAAGGCUGAACACUGUCGCCGUAGCCCGCAAGCGCUGGGAGAGAUUGAGUAAGGCUGAACACUGUCGCCGUAGCCCGCAAGCGCUGGGAGAGAUUGAGUAAGGCUGAACACUGUCGCCGUAGCCCGCAAGCGCUGGGAGAGAUUGAGUAAGGCUGAACACUGUCGCUUCUUAUUUUCUUUUGGAGAUUUUGCUGUACAAACUGCAGAACUCCCUAAGCAAGUAUUAGCUUGACGAAUGACAAAACUAGGGGGUGUUGCAUGACCUCUGGCUGAAGAACUGGUAGGGGAUCCCAUUUUUACACGAAUUUACAAUAAUUUCAGCAUUUUACAAUACAGAUUUCAAGUUGGCCUUCUGACACUGCUGAUGACACGUGCACAUAUUGGGGAAAAAGUCAUGCACAUCACAUAGGUGUGACAUUUAUAGCUUUUGUGCUAUUUGGCACUUCAGUGAACCCUUUAAAAGACUCCUUCAGGCCUGAUGGGAGGUUGGGGGGGGUGCAGUGAUAAUGACCAGUCCGUUACCUGUGAGUCAGCAUAUGGUCGGACUCGCUCUGCCGGGAGUGUGGCCAAAGUAAAGGGUUCCUGGAGACCCCCAGAGAGCACCGGGCUGAGUUCCAGAACCCCUCUGACAAGGUUCCACUCAGCUCCUGGAAAGGAACAUUGGUAUCUCCCCACUGUGUUACAGUGCGGCUGGCGGAGUGAUGUCCUCCAGACCCCGACAAAGGCUCGAAUCUGCCUGCCAGCCUCUCUCUCUCUGCCAUCAUUCAUAAGGAUAUAUUACUAAAAGCCGUAGGUGUGCUUUUUAGAGGCCGAAGGCGUGUUAAUCAAAUGGAACCAUUCAUGCGAAGCUACUUUUUUGGGAAAUGCCAGCGCAGUUGGGAAGAAAAUAUGACGGGUUGAGGUCUCGUUUUCGUUCUGUGUUCCCUGCUGAAUAUCCUGUUGGAUGAGGGUAAAGUGUUGCAAUAAAAACAACUCUUAGUUAUGUAGCGCUGACAGUUCCUGCAUUUGUGUGUUUCUCUCUCUUUUUCUUUCUCUCUCUCCUCCGUUGUCUGCUGAAGGCGGGAGGAGGGAUUGCUGUCACACGUCUGUGAUUAUCUUUGGCAGGUUGUAAUGUUUACUUUACAUGGCUGUGCCCUGUAAUUCACACAGUUUAGGCUGCCUUCCCCUCUUGUGACUCUUCCACCAGGAGGUUCUUCAUACAGUAGAAGCUAUUGUUUCCUUAGUUUUCUAGCGAGGUCCUUAUUCAAAGGUCUGAGUAAUAAUGUGCCUCGCUUGGAAUUUUGCUGGGGUUUUGUUUCUACGGCACUGUGCUGACUUUCAGUGAACUUGACAUUUUCGCAGUGAAUCCCUAAAACGGCUCAGUGUUGGCAUUUUGUAAAUGCUUUUUCUGCCUGAACAGAAACUGGUGGAGCAUCAGGAUUAGUGUUGGAGACAUAAAGAUCAGCCUCUUCAGCUCCAUGGGCCCCUUCCUUGGGUAUCCUGACCUCUGUUCCCCCAGAGGAACGGUCAGCUCUGUAUCUGGGCUCUCUGGUUCACUCUGACCCCAUUAAAUCCUGCUUCUCGCGGCUUCUUUCCACUCGUAUACCGUAUGUCAGAUGCCAUCCGGAUCCUUUAACAACGUGACGCCGACCAUAAGCAUUACUUGGAAUAUUUGUAUUAUUAUCAGCCUAAACUAAUGCAAAAAAUCCAUGUAGAAUAUUUUUCCCACACUGUGAAGAAGGCAGUAAUGCUACUUGUAUAUCAGUACAAUGAAAAGGGAUUCUGUGCGUUUUUAUCACCAGAAAAUUAUGAAACUUUAGUUAGUGGUCAGCCUAGAUGAGUUCAACAGCACAGAACUGAUCAUUUCUCCAGACUAAAGCCACCUAGGAGAGGAAAAUAAAGCGACAUGACUAUUUCAGCAGUGUAGGGACUGUAGGGCAGUUUCGUAUUUUUAAAUGUUACAUGAAAUUGGUCAGUGGGUUAAGUGUCCUGCAAAUCAGCGGCCCAUCUUGGCUACUGGCGAUACAUUUUAAAAUGAUUUUCUAAGUGAUGGCUUUAUAAGCUCCGGCGCUUCUAAAACACUGCAACAUCUAUUUCGCUUUAUUUAUUUUUAUAUUGCGCCUUUCAGAACAGUCAUCCCAAGGCCUUUAGAUGGAUGUGUUGUGAUACAUUACAACUUCACUGACAUAAUAAUACAAAACUGGGAAAAUGGAAGACAGACUAAUAAAAGAAAGAAAGAAAGAAAGAAUGAAAGAAAGAAAACCAGAUGACAAUGGAGGAGAGGGACCAAAAACCCCAAAGUAGGGAAGAAGAAUAACUCUGGAGGUCCAAGGUCACCUGGGCAUGCUAACGUUACUACCAAAGGAAGUGGUCUUGCUUGCUAGAAGCAAGGUGUGACCCAUGGUUAUUGGUAAUUCCAGAGCCCAUCAGUGAGUUAGCUCUCCACUCCAGCCUGUGUAGGUUGGCAGAUUGAAGUCUGCACCCACGAUAUUAAAGAUGUACUUGCAUUAUUUCAGCUGGGGAGACCCUGGGGAUUUUGUUAAUAUGGCAGAGCUGUGAGGAUCUGGCUGAACAGGCAGCGGCAGCCAUAGCUAAUGGAGACCACAGGUGUCCUAUCAGAAAGCGUCCGGUCAGCCUGCUUUGGUCAUUCCGGACUGCACUGAGCCAGGAGCACAUGUGUUAGGC